AUGGGAACCACAGUGAUAAUGCGCACUUCUCUGUCUCCCAGGCAACCACAAUACGUUUCUGUGGAUGAAGUCAUUUGUUACGUUGAUGGUUGCCGUGGUUACAAGCUAGAGAGGGCGCUGCGGAAGAGCGUUUCACGUAAAAUGACGCAGGGCGGGGGCGUGCCCGCGAUGCGCGCUGAACCAGGCUGCUUGUUGUUCCCGCAGAGAGGCGAGAAGAUGGCGGCCGUGUCUAGCGGAGUUUCUGCUGGGUCCGCUGCGGCCGGGAUUACGCACUCGGCUCGACCGACCCACGCAGCUAUGGGCUCCCAGAACCGAGCCCAGCCAUCCUCCGGUAUCAGCCACUCGAGUCGUCCGACCACGUCCAGUGGGUGCAUCACCAAUCCCGGCCACACUUCGGCCACCAGGCCCCCCCCUGCCCGAGUGGGCCACUACGAAAUCGAGCGGACAAUCGGCAAGGGGAAUUUCGCGGUUGUUAAACUAGCCACGCACAUCAUCACUAAAGAAAAGGUGGCCAUAAAAAUAGUGGAUAAGACUCAGCUGGACGACGAGAACCUGAAGAAGAUUUUCAGAGAAGUGCAAAUCAUGAAGUUGCUGAAGCACCCCCACAUCAUCCGCCUCUACCAGGUGAUGGAGACGGAGAGGAUGAUCUAUCUGGUGACGGAGUACGCCAGCGGUGGGGAGAUUUUCGACCACCUGGUGGCUCACGGACGCAUGGCAGAAAAGGACGCCAGGAAGAAGUUCAAGCAGAUCGUGGCCGCCGUGCACUUCUGCCACUGCCGCAACAUCGUCCACAGAGACCUGAAGGCAGAGAAUCUCUUACUGGACCACAACCUCAACAUCAAAAUCGCAGACUUCGGUUUCAGCAACAUGUUCUCUCGGGGCCAGCUGUUAAAGACGUGGUGCGGCAGCCCUCCCUAUGCCGCCCCCGAGCUUUUCGAAGGCAAAGAGUACGACGGCCCUAAAGUAGAUAUAUGGAGCUUAGGGGUGGUGUUGUAUGUACUGGUGUGCGGCGCCUUACCCUUCGACGGCAGCACGCUACAAAAUUUGCGAGCGCGCGUCCUCAGCGGAAAGUUCCGCAUCCCUUUCUUCAUGUCCACAGACUGUGAGUACCUAAUCAGACACAUGUUAGUGCUGGAGCCCAGCAGAAGGCUGACCAUGGAGCAGAUCUGUAAGAACAAGUGGAUGAGACAGGGAGACCCAGACCCAGAAUUCGACCGGUUGAUAGCGGAGUGCGAGCAGGUGAAAACGGAGAGGGAGAUAGAGCUCAUCAACGAGCAGGUGCUGAUGGCUAUGUCUGAGAUGGGCUUAGACCGAGAGCGCACGCUUCAGUCUCUACAAACAGAUGCAUACGAUCACUACAGUGCCAUUUACAGUCUGCUAGCGGAACGCCUCAAGAAACACAAGAACCUGCGCGUGGCCCCGCCCACACCGCGCCCCAUUAGCUAUCCUCUAAACGCCGUACAGCAGACAGACCUACAAGGUAAUCCGGUUAGCAUGACCGUCCCCCACGUUCAGCUCAUCAACCCAGAGAACCAAAUUGUUGAGCCCGAUGGCAGCAUGGCCCUAGACAGUGAUGAAGGGGAGGAGCCAUCUCCUGAGGCCAUGGCUCGCUACCUUUCAAUGAGGCGGCACACUGUGGGGGUACCAGACCAAAGGACGGACAUGCAGGAGGACCUCCAAAAGCUUCCACCGGGUUUCCCUCGCGGGGCAUUGCCCCAGCCCCCCUUCCCCCAGCUGGCCCCCACCAUGGGUCAGAUGCACACACUGAUGCCGACGCAAAGCCUGCAGCCAACCCAACAGCUGGAAUACAAGGAGCAAUCGCUGCUGCAGCCGCCCACCUUGCAGCUGCUCAAUGGCAUGGGGCCCCUGGGCCGAAGGGCCUCCGACGGCGGGGCCAACAUCCAGCUACACGCCCAGCUCCUGAAGAGGCCCAGAGGGCCGUCGCCACUCGUCACCAGCCCGCAUCCUAUCCCUGCUGUAGCACCGGUGGAUGAGGAGGGUUCCGACGGAGAGCCAGACCAAGAGGCAGUGCAGAGGUACCUGGCGAACCGCUCCAAGCGGCACACGACGCACGCGCUCAUGAGCACAUCGCAUGGCGAGCCCUCUACAGAGUCACAGAGGCCCCAGGGCCCCCGCCAGAGGGGGGGCUGGGCCCCCGACACACACACCCGAUCCAGCUAUAAGGACUGUAACACCCUUCAUCUCCCCAUGGAACGCUUCUCCCCCGUCAGACGGUUCUCUGACGGCGCCGCCACCAUCCAGGCCUUCAAGGCUCAUCUAGAAAACAGCAGCCUCAUUAAGCAGCUCAAGCAGGAGUGCGAGCAGCUCCAAAAAAUGUACGCUGCCCAGCAGGACGAGCGCCUCCUGGAGCACACCCAGCAGCAGCACAUCCUGUACCAGCAAGAGCAACAAAUCCUCCACCAGCAAAUCCAGGGUCUGUCUUUAGGCCAUGGAGAGAGCCAGCCCAGUCACAUAACCCACCAGCUUCAGAGGUUGCGAAUCAAGCCCUCCAGCCCUCCGCCAACACAUCCCAGCAAUCACCUCUUCAGACAGCCCAAUCAGAGCCCUCCGCCUGGUUCCGCAGGCCUAAUGCAAGGGCACGGGGCACAGUCGUCAGUGCAGUACCAGCAUGGCGCCCCUGCGAUGUACCAGGGGCAGAGCGGCAGCCCCCCGCCCACGGGCCUGCCCAGAGUGUCCCUGCAAACCAAUCCACAAGCAGCCUCCACCCGCCCCGCCGUCCCAAUGGCACAGGGCGUACCUCAGCAGCAGCAGGUGACCAUUCAGGUGCAGGAGGUGGAGCUGGGAGGUGGGGCUCAGAGACAGGGCGCCUUCUUGUCCACGCCAGGGGGGCACCGAGUCCUCGGGAAGCAGCUGAGCGCAGACAAUGCUGAGACACACAGCCGCAGCCUCGGCCGCUUCACGUCAGCCUACGACCAGGCUCAGUUCAACCCCCACCUCUUCUCCGGCGACGUUGCCUCCCGGGGGGCCUCCGGAGUGGUGGGCUCGUACAGCCCCUACCUGCAGGGAGCCUCCCUCAAAGUCCCCGGCCUGGAGGGCUACCAGAGCGGGGUGGUGGGGGGCGGCAGCUACGGGGCCCCCUCCACACUACAGCAGGCCCUGCUCUCCCCCACCCCCCUGGACUACCGCCCCCCGCAGCAGCACGUCACCCCCACGCUGCAGGGCCUCCUGUCCCCCCGCCACUCUCUGACCGGCCACGGCGACCCCCGGCUGCCCCCCCAGGACCUGGCCGCCCUGCUGAAGCGGCAGAGCCCGCGGCCGUGCCCGGCGCCCCCGACGCCGCCCGGCGGCGCCCCGCAGGAGUUCGGAGACAUGCUGCUCCUCCGCCAGCUGAGCCAGGGCGACGGCCUGGAGCCCCCCGCGGCUCAGGCGGCCCCCGGAGGGCAACACUACCACCACCUCCUCCAGAUCCGACCCCAGGAGGUGCCCGCGCAGCCGCACGCGCCUCAGGCGCCCUGCCCCGGCCUGCCGCACUCGGAGAGCAUGGAGGAGGACGAGGCGCCCGCCGGAUACCACCACCCGCAUGAGGGUCUGCUGGCCAAAGCCGGAGAGGGCCACGAGCUGCUCGGGCACCCCCGAGGGGGGACUCCACCCUACACCUCCCCCACACACAGGCAGAGCGGUUACAUAAGAAGUGCUCCGGCCACUAGGGAAUCUGAGCAUGUGGAAUGUCGACCCCCAGGACAGGCAAUGGAAGUGCCCGAUCACAACGGCGUGGGCUUUCCCCGAGGGUCCCAGGGCGACGCGUACCGAUCCAGAGGGCAGCUACAGCGCCACCACACCAUCCAGACCUGCGAUGACGCCUACGAUCAGGCAGACCCCAUGUCAGGGAUGAGCCUCUUAGCCGGUAAAGCACUAAGCUCGGCUCGCAUGUCGGACAUCCUCAGCCAGACGUCAUUGACUGGAAGCCAGCAGCUGCACCAGCGAGAACAGUCGGAGUGCGACGUGGAAGGGGAGCUCCACGCAGCAGCCUGCUACCCCUCGUCCUGCACUACAUGGAGCAGGCUGGGGUCUAGCACAGGAAGGGGUCGUUUCCCGCGUGCAUCGGUCCAUAUCAGCCACCCCGAGUUGUGUUGACUUGAGUCGAGCAGCAUCACGCCAAACCACCGUCGUCCGCCCAAGCGGGGGCGCUCUGUGUCCAUCUGUCUGUCUCCAUCUGUCCUUCGGAGGGCAAGAGAGGGGAGGAGUCUGGGCGGGUGCAGACACUGAUUAGGG